AUGAGUAGUAUUCUUCAAUACCCGGAUGUGGUAGAUGCUCCUGAAGUUCAGAUAUGGAACAAUGCAGCGUUUGAUAAUGGAGAAUCAGAGGAUUCUUUGAAUCUUAAGUCUUCUUGGUGGAAUCAAAGUCUUGAAUCCGAUGCAAGCAAAGAGAAUCUUAGCCCAGUUUGUGAAAAAUCUUCUCCUGUUUAUGUCAAUUCUUCAAAACCCAUCAAGCCACUUCAAUCUAAUGCCAAUCCUUUUAACUCACAAGGGAGUAAUUCAAUGAAGGUUGGGCUGUCGAAGAUGGUGGAGAAAAAUGAGGAGAUCAAGAAUCAUGAUGAGAAAAAGAUUGAUAUAGAGAUUGAAGAGAUCGAGAAGGAGAUUAAGCGUUUAUCUUCAAGACUUCAAGUGCUUAGGCUGGAAAAGGCAGAGAGGAAUUUAUCAAAGACUGUUGAAAAGAGAGGGAGGGUUGUGGCUGCAAAAUUUAUGGAGCAGAAACAGAGUGUCAAGAUUGAAGAGCCAUUGGUUUCAAGUGCUAAAUCGAAGAUUAAUAGAAGAGGGGUCAGUUUAGGGCCAAGUGAGAUUUUCUCUGGAUCCAAAUCAAGGUUAUUGUUUGGAAAACAAGAGAUGAAAACUCCUGUUUCGACGCAGAAUCGGCGGAAAUCGUGUUUUUGGAAGCUUGAAGAGAUUGAUGAGUUGAAGGCAACUAAAGAGAGGGGAAAAAGUUUGAGUGUUAGUCCGAGAUCACGAAAAAAUGUGUCCAAAAUCCAAGUUCCUAAACAGGCUGUUACUACUGUGGGGUCUAGAAGGUCAGUGAAGAAAGAAGAUGGGGUUAUUGCUUCAAUUCAGCCAAAGAAUCUAUUCAAAGACGGGGAAAGAUCUGUGCCUAAUAAGAAACCCUUGAAGCCCGGACGGGUGGUGGCUAGCAGGUAUAAUCAGAUUGGAACAAAUCAGUCUAACGGGAAUCUAACUGCUAGCGAGGCUCGGAAGAGGUCUUUGCCGGAUAAUGAGAAGGAAGAUGUUAAUAAGAGGCGGGCUUCGCGUGGUAAUGGGGUGAGUCAGAGAACGGAGAGUGGUAGAGUGAAGAAGAAGUGGGAGAUUCCAAGUGAAGUAGUGGUAUACAAGGAUGAUGCUGAGGAGGAAUCUCCGCAGGCAGUUUCUGUAGUGACCGAUAUGUUGCCGAAUAUUAAGACUGUCAGAAGUGUUGCUGAGACUCCAAGGGACUCAGGGCCGGCAAAACGAGUGGCUGAUUUGGUUGGGAGGAAAUCAUACUUAUUCCCCGUCGAGGAGACUGCAGCAGGGGACUCUGUUUGCCAGGCUCUUAGUUUUGCAGAAGAGGAGGAUGGUGAGAACGAGUAA